GGCAGCGCGCAGGCGCGGCGCUGAUGGCGGAGGAGGCCGGCGGCGCCCCCGCCUAGGCCGGAGCAGCAUCCGCCGCCAUCCGCACGAAUUACCAGAGCUACAUCAGCUGAAACAACUCCGUUGCCAACAUGUUUCUGUACAACCUAACGUUGCAGCGUGCCACAGGCAUUAGCUUUGCUAUCCAUGGCAAUUUCUCAGGAACCAAACAACAAGAAAUUGUUGUUUCCCGGGGCAAGAUCCUGGAGUUGCUGCGCCCUGAUCCCAACACGGGGAAGGUUCACACGCUGCUGACCGUGGAGGUGUUUGGGGUCAUCCGCUCCCUCAUGGCCUUCAGGCUGACGGGGGGCACCAAGGAUUACAUCGUGGUGGGCAGCGACUCGGGGCGCAUCGUCAUCCUGGAGUACCAGCCCUCCAAGAACGUCUUCGAGAAGAUCCACCAGGAGACCUUUGGCAAGAGUGGCUGUCGCAGGAUCGUUCCAGGCCAGUACCUGGCUGUGGACCCAAAGGGCCGUGCUGUCAUGAUCAGUGCCAUUGAAAAGCAGAAGCUGGUGUAUAUCCUGAACAGGGAUGCUGCUGCUCGACUCACCAUCUCCUCCCCUCUGGAAGCCCACAAGGCCAAUACCUUGGUCUACCACGUGGUGGGAGUCGACGUGGGGUUUGAAAACCCAAUGUUUGCUUGUCUGGAAAUGGAUUAUGAGGAAGCAGACAACGAUCCAACAGGUGAAGCUGCAGCCAACACACAGCAGACAUUGACAUUUUAUGAACUGGACUUGGGUUUGAACCAUGUUGUCAGGAAAUACAGUGAGCCCCUGGAAGAGCAUGGCAACUUCCUCAUAACAGUUCCUGGUGGUUCUGAUGGCCCCAGUGGGGUGCUGAUCUGUUCUGAAAACUAUAUUACUUACAAAAACUUUGGUGACCAGCCUGAUAUCAGAUGCCCAAUUCCCAGGAGACGGAAUGACUUGGAUGAUCCAGAGAGGGGUAUGAUCUUUGUCUGCUCUGCAACACAUAAGACCAAGUCCAUGUUCUUCUUCCUGGCCCAGACAGAGCAGGGAGACAUCUUCAAAAUUACUCUGGAGACUGAUGAAGACAUGGUAACAGAGAUUCGACUGAAGUACUUUGACACUGUUCCUGUUGCUGCUGCCAUGUGUGUGCUGAAAACAGGAUUUCUCUUUGUGGCAUCUGAAUUUGGAAACCAUUACCUGUACCAGAUAGCUCACCUGGGGGAUGAUGAUGAGGAGCCAGAGUUUUCCUCUGCCAUGCCUCUUGAGGAAGGAGACACAUUCUUUUUCCAGCCCCGACCUCUGAAGAACCUGGUGCUGGUGGAUGAGUUGGACAGUUUGUCUCCUAUUCUGUGUUGUCAGAUAGCAGAUUUGGCCAAUGAAGACACACCCCAGUUGUAUGUGGCUUGUGGUCGGGGGCCCAGGUCAUCCCUGAGGGUUUUGAGACAUGGACUUGAGGUAUCUGAAAUGGCUGUCUCAGAGCUGCCUGGUAACCCCAAUGCUGUAUGGACUGUGAGGAGACAUGUUGAAGAUGAAUUUGAUGCCUACAUUAUCGUGUCCUUCGUUAAUGCCACACUGGUGCUGUCUAUCGGAGAGACUGUAGAGGAAGUGACUGACUCUGGAUUCCUGGGCACUACACCAACCUUGUCCUGCUCCCUUCUUGGUGAUGAUGCUUUGGUACAGGUUUAUCCAGAUGGGAUCCGGCACAUCCGAGCAGAUAAGAGAGUAAAUGAAUGGAAGACACCAGGGAAGAAAACCAUUGUAAAAUGUGCUGUGAACCAAAGACAAGUAGUCAUAGCACUGACUGGAGGAGAGCUGGUUUACUUUGAGAUGGACCCGUCAGGACAGCUGAAUGAGUACACAGAGAGAAAGGAGAUGUCUGCUGACGUCGUUUGCAUGAGCCUGGCCAACGUUCCCCCUGGGGAGCAGCGUUCCCGGUUCCUUGCUGUUGGACUGGUGGACAACACUGUCAGAAUUAUUUCACUUGACCCUUCAGAUUGUUUACAGCCCCUGAGUAUGCAGGCACUGCCUGCACAGCCCGAGUCGCUGUGCAUCGUGGAGAUGGGUGGCACAGAGAAGCAGGAUGAGCUGGGAGAGAGGGGCUCCAUUGGCUUUCUGUACCUGAACAUUGGACUGCAGAACGGUGUGCUGCUGCGGACCGUCCUGGACCCCGUCACCGGUGACCUGUCCGACACCAGGACCCGCUACCUCGGCUCCCGGCCCGUCAAACUCUUCCGUGUGCGCAUGCAAGGCCAGGAGGCGGUGCUGGCCAUGUCAAGCCGUUCCUGGCUUAGUUAUUCCUAUCAAUCACGCUUCCACCUGACUCCCCUGUCUUAUGAGACACUGGAGUUUGCAUCUGGUUUUGCUUCUGAGCAGUGCCCUGAGGGCAUUGUGGCCAUCUCCACAAACACAUUGAGGAUUUUGGCACUGGAGAAGCUGGGAGCAGUCUUCAACCAGGUUGCCUUCCCCUUGCAGUACACACCCCGAAAAUUUGUCAUUCACCCAGAGAGCAACAACCUGAUCAUCAUCGAGACAGACCACAACGCUUACACUGAGGCCACCAAGGCUCAGAGGAAGCAGCAAAUGGCUGAGGAAAUGGUGGAGGCUGCAGGUGAGGAUGAGAGGGAACUGGCUGCAGAGAUGGCUGCAGCCUUUCUGAAUGAGAAUCUUCCUGAGUCCAUCUUCGGUGCUCCCAAGGCAGGGAAUGGUCAGUGGGCCUCUGUUAUCAGAGUGAUGAACCCCAUCCAGGGAAAUACAUUAGAUCUGGUUCAGCUGGAGCAGAAUGAAGCUGCUUUCAGCGUGGCCGUGUGCCGCUUCUCCAACACGGGAGAUGAGUGGUACGUGCUGGUGGGAGUGGCCAAGGACCUGAUCCUGAACCCACGCUCAGUUGCUGGGGGGUUUGUCUACACAUACAAGCUGGUGAAUAGUGGUGAGAAGCUGGAGUUCCUGCACAAGACCCCUGUGGAGGAGGUUCCUGCAGCCAUUGCUCCAUUCCAAGGCCGAGUGUUAAUUGGAGUUGGGAAGCUGCUGCGUGUGUAUGACCUGGGCAAGAAGAAACUGCUUCGGAAAUGUGAGAACAAGCACAUUGCCAACUACAUCUGUGGGAUCCAAACCAUUGGGCACAGAGUGAUUGUUUCAGAUGUUCAGGAGAGUUUCAUCUGGGUGCGUUACAAAAGGAAUGAGAACCAGCUCAUUAUCUUUGCUGAUGACACUUACCCCCGGUGGGUCACCACAGCAACACUCCUGGAUUACGACACUGUGGCUGGGGCAGACAAGUUUGGUAACAUCUGUGUGGUGAGAUUGCCUCCCAACACCAAUGAUGAGGUAGAUGAGGAUCCCACAGGCAACAAAGCUCUCUGGGACAGGGGCCUGCUUAAUGGAGCAUCGCAGAAGGCUGAAGUGAUUAUGAAUUACCACGUGGGAGAAACGGUGCUUUCCUUGCAGAAGACCACACUGAUUCCAGGAGGCUCUGAAUCUCUUGUUUAUACAACCUUAUCAGGGGGAAUAGGAAUCUUGGUCCCUUUUACUUCCCAUGAGGAUCACGACUUCUUCCAGCACGUGGAAAUGCACUUACGGUCUGAGCACCCUCCUCUCUGUGGACGGGACCACCUCAGCUUCCGCUCCUACUACUUCCCAGUGAAGAACGUGAUUGAUGGGGACCUGUGUGAACAGUUCAACUCCAUGGAGCCCAACAAACAGAAGAAUGUGGCCGAGGAGCUGGACCGGACCCCACCCGAGGUGUCCAAGAAGCUGGAGGACAUCCGCACGCGCUACGCGUUCUGAGAGGCGGCUGGCAGGGGCAGAACUGCUCCUGGCUCCUCUGGGUGCUCCUCCAGGCACCAUCCAGAGGAGGAAUGUGUGGUUUUUUUCCCCCCCUUUUCAAAUAUUGGUUUGGUCCUCUUGGUUUGUGUUUCAAAGGAACGUGACUCCAGUAAAUACAGUAUCAGUUGUUAGGUUUCCCAACACAUCCCGCUGCCUAUGUGAAGGCUCCUGACAUUCCGGCUUCUGGCCAGAGCAGUUCUCUCUUGGGAAGUGCCCAAGCAGGGCCUCCAGCUGACCCUCAGCCCCAUCUCCUUGUCCUCCCUUUUGGAUGGAGGAGUCCCACAGGGUCUUGCUGAAAGUUCUGUAGGGCAGAUACAGCUGAUUGGGUCAAGUGGGGUUUGUGAUUUCCCAGCAUUUUAGGAAAGGAAAGGAGAGAGCUGUGGCAUGGUUCAGGAUUACCAGGCUCCUCUUUUAGUAGCCAGUGGUGAGCUGCUCUGGGCUUACACUAGUCCAGGGAGCAGCCAAGGGGAAGCUGGCUGUGGAGGGUGUAACUGUCACACUUGUCUUGAACGUUUUCUUCUGAAUUGCAAGGGGGUUUUUUGGACUCGCCAUUUCUGACUGUUUUCCCUGUAAAUAGAGUUUUGUACAAUGUUGACUCUCUUGGGGGUGGGGAAGAGCGAGGCCUGAGUCUGGGACUUGAUUUGUUUCAUAAUAACUUUGGCAAGAGAGUGUCUCCAAGCUGUGACUGUGAGCAGCACAUGAAGAAUAAAAGCCUGUUUUUUCACUA